UCACCUCCUAACAAAAAAAAAAAAAAAAAAGCGUCGCUAUGUCAGUGAAAGGGUUUUGAAUCCGGUGAGGAGAAAAGAGUGAGGCGGAGAAAAUGGCUUGGGGAGAGAUGGUAUCUCGCCUUCAUCUGUUGAUCGGUCGCUGCCACCUGGCUGAAGGAGAAGACAAUUUGACGACGGCGGAGGCAAUGGAGAAAGAUGUGCUUCUUUCACUAUCGCAGGUGUCGAGAGAUAUUCAAUCUUGGAUUAGUGAAACUGGCGGCCUUGAUUCUGAUUCGGAUCAAGGAGAGGAAACUCCUUCUGCUUCUGCUUCUCCAGAAUCCAUGGAUCAUCUACGCUUAGAAAGACUUGUCGUCGAUCUUGUUGGUUUGUUAGGUGUGAAGAAUGUGCAUGUUCAGCAUUUGGCUGGCAACAUUCUUGUCCAAGUAUCUCACUCUCUGCUUGAAUCCGUACGUCAAUGGGAUGAUUUCAUUCGCUUGGUUUUUGACUGUUUCCACUUAGCAGCUUCUCCAAAUGGAUUCGAGGGUUCAAAUAUUGCUUCUGAUGUUCUUAAAGGCGAGAUGAAAAAGGCUAAUUGCUGCACCCUGUCUGGUAUCUUUAGAGUUCUUCGUAAUAUACUGAAGCGCUUGAGCCAAGAAGAAAAGGAGGAACUUAUUGAUGUAUACUUGGAAUCUCUCGACUCUACACUUGCGAAGAUCCCUUGGUCCCGCAUGGACACUCAUUUCUCUAAUCCUCAUGGUGGUAGCGAAAGAAAUUCCCAAGGAAGCAUUGGAAACAAUGAGGAUGGAACUGUGUUUCUUGGGAACUUUGUUCAGUUUCUCUCAACCGUGGUUCAGCAGGUUCGCUUUGCAGAAGAUUCUGAUGCUUUUGGACCUACGCAUUCGCUACUCCAAAAAAGCAUCGAGCUUGUUCCGGAUCUCCUCCGCUGGUGCCAGCCAAAGUUAGAUAGUCAAAGUGGCUCUUGCAUGUCAACAUACCUAGUGCACAAGUUGCUGGUGUUGAUGAUCAGGCUUACCUAUCAGUCGAAUAUAAGAUGUACCGUUCUUCUUUCAUGGCUGCAAUAUUUGCAACACCAUUAUCAAGGCUUUCUCCACCACACUCUAACUAGGAAUAAACCCGUCCAAGAUAACUGUUUGGAAGGAUCUCCAUUUUUUGUGAGUUUGUCUGAUAGGGAUGUCAAUGAGACGCAUUCUAAUCACUUGCAAAGACUAUCUGUGUUUCUGUUACUACGGUGCUCCCUCACUCUGCUUUAUUCAAGUCGACAUACCGACAAGGACUGUGAGUUUGACUGUAGAAAGAAAGGGAUGGAAGGGAUGUUUAAAUGGAUUGAACAACAGGUUCCAGGUAAUACGUUUUUAGAUCACGGAACUUAUAGCAAGAAGAGUGUUGGCUUCUCUACAUCAUUCGUCCAGCUAUUCAUGCAUGAGGAUGACUUAUUAUUUAAAGUUCUCCUGCAAUUGCUGUCUGUGCCGUUGGCUGGAGAGGAACGGCUUAAGGGGGAUAGGGGUUUGCCUCAAGAUAAGGAGAUUUAUGUCCGUUUAUCAACAUUUUUCAAUCCUGUGAUCCUCUUCUGUAUAUUUCUUUCAGAGCUGCAUUAUGACCAUCAAGUCCUUCUUGACUACCUUAUAUCUAAAGACAUCGGGGCUAGCUGUGCAGAGUACCUGCUGAGAUGCUUGCGCACAGUGUCUGACUCGUGGACCCUGUUUGUGGAAUUCCCAUUUGAAGAAAAUUUAAAUGAUUCAUCUUCGAAGAGAAGGAGACUUCUGCCUGAGACUCCUGAGGUUGAACAAAACCGGAAACAACAUUCCCAGGCUUUCGAAAAUGCCAAAGAUUGUUUGCUUUCUUUACAAAACUCAGUUGUGAGGCUACAUCAGAAGAAGCUAUUUCCAUACAACCCAGAAGCUCUUCUACGACGUUUGUCAAGAUUUCAAGAGCUCUGUCUACUUCACGAGUAAAUAUUAUCUGGACCCAAAGUCUCAGCUCAGAUUCUAUUAGACAGAAGGAUCAGACUCAAAGAGCUUUCCAGAUCAAGUUUCAAACUAAUUGGCUCACAUGUAGAAUGAUAGACGAUCAGAGAACAUUGUUUUCUUACCUCCACAAUCUAAAUCUGAGAGGUAUAUAAUAGGAUACUUUUGUCAAGCUAGUUUGAAACUUCCCCAGGCAAAUACAGUAAGCAAUGUGGAAAAUUAAGAAUCACAAUUGUUUUGAAGCUCUCUUAUUUAUAUAAAUAAAUGCAGAGUGAAGUGUGAGGUAUGUAUACGCUCACUCACUCCAGAGCUAGCUUUUUUCUCUUAA